GGCGGUGCCUCGGAAGCGGUUGGCUGGGGAGGCUACAGGCAUGGCGACGGCUUUUAAGAAAGCGGCUAAAACGGGCCAGCGCCAGCACCGAGAGCGAAGCCAGCUUGCAUCCCGAAAGCACCUGGGGAUCCUUGAGAAGAAGAAAGAUUACAAGCUCCGUGCUGAUGACUACCACAAGAAGCAGAAUGUCCUUCAGGCACUUCGCCGAAAGGCACAGGAGAGGAACCCAGAUGAGUUUUAUUUCAAAAUGACCCGUGUACAGCUUGAGGAUGGAGUUCAUGUGAUUAAGCAGCAGGAAGAAGAACAGACACUGGAACAGCAGAAGUUGAUGAAGACACAGGAUUUGAAAUAUAUUGAAAUGAAGCGAGUAGCUGAAGCUAAGAAAAUAGAAAGGCUGAAAGCAGAGCUCCAUCUUCUGGAGGCUGAGGGAAAGCAACCCAACAAGCACACGUUCUUUUUUGACUCGAAGAAAGAAGUGCAAAGUUUUGACCCUGCCACCCACUUGAACACAGUCCCAGAGCUGCUGGGAAGAGUGUACAACCGACCAACCCUUGAAACUCUGCAGAAGAAAAGCAUCCUGGGAACCACUCAUCCUGAUGAAUUACAGAAAUUGGCCAGACAGAGGAAGAGCCAGUAUAACCUGCUGAUGCAGCGCAUAGAAAGGGAGCGGAAGAUGUUUGUUAUCGCCCAGAAGCUCCAGACCCGGAAAGACCUCUUGGACAAAACUCAAAAAGUGAAGACGAAGAAAGAAACAGUAAACCGGGCUGCUGUUUACAAAUUUCAGUUCAGGCGGAAACGCUGAUCAUGCCGGGCCAUCGAGGUGUGAAGGAUGUGGCUGCUGGCAGUCAAAGGUUUACAUUCCCUCCCCACAUGGGUUAAAGAGAGAUUUCCAUUUGUCUGCUUCUUGGAAUCAGCAUUGCCCUGCCGUAACUAUUUUUCAAUAAACCCAGCAAAAUUCAUUUUAA